AUGCAGGGAGAUGAUCCUCCUUACCUUCCUGUUGGUACUGAUGUCAGUGCAAAAUAUAAAGGUGCAUUUUGUGAAGCCAAAGUUAAGAAAGUAGUCCGCAACAUUAAGUGUAAGGUGACUCUCAAAGCUGGUGGAAUAGCAACUGUGAAUGAUGAUGUUAUUAAAGGCACAUUAAGAGUUGGUAGUACAGUUGAAAUAAAGCAAGAUCCUAAAAAGGAUUCUAUAGAGGCUGUUAUAACAAAAAUUCAAGAUUGUAGCCAGUACACUGUUGUGUUUGAUGAUGGUGACAUAACAACACUACGCAGGUCAGCACUAUGCCUCAAAAGUGGGAGACAUUUCAAUGAGAGUGAAACUCUAGAUCAGUUACCACUGACCCAUCCAGAACAUUUCUCUACUCCCGUUAUAGCUGGUAGGCGAGGAAGACGUGGGAGAGCACAAUCUGAUGAAAGUGACGGUGAAGGGAGUACGCGUCGUGUAAAAGCAGAUAGUGCUGAACGCGAGCCUCAUGUGGGUCGAGUGGUUUUAGUAGAGUCAGCCAGUGGAACGGAGAGACGCCGGCCGCACCAACCCGCCUUUCCAGCUCUAGUUGUUGCACCCACGGCGCAGAUAAAAGUGAAGGAGGAUUAUCUCGUUAGAUCAUUUAAAGAUGGGCGAUAUUAUACAGUACCGAAAAAAGAGGCUCGUGAAUUUCGCAAAGGCAGUGCGCCUCUGGAAUGGUGCGGUGUCGAAGCGGCGCUUCAGUAUCUAAAUAACGGUGUGCUUCCACCACAUUGGGAUCGAGAUUCCUUAUUUAAUGAACCCAGGAAUACGUCUGAUGAUAGUUCCGAUGAUGAACCGAGAGAGGAGAAAGAUCAUUUUGUCGCCCAAUUGUACAAGUUUAUGGACGACCGUGGCACGCCGCUCAACCGAAAUCCCACCAUCGCCAAUAAGGAUAUUGACCUUUACAGAUUGUUUAGGGUGGUUCAAAAACUAGGAGGCUAUAAUCGGGUGACUAACCAGAAUCAAUGGAAAACAAUCGCUGAUAAAAUGGGUUUUCACCCUGUCACCACAAGUAUUACUAAUCUAUGCAAACAGGCUUAUAAAAAAUUUCUACACAGCUUCGAAGACUUUUACCGUAAGUUGGGUGUAACGUUAGUUGCGCAUCCGCGGGGUGCGCGAACGCCACCAGCGGGUCGCUCGCUUAUCCGCGACCGCGAUAAACAGCCGCCCGCCAGCACAUCCGCGACCUCAUCAAGUGCGUCCACACCAACAAGCACGACCUCAACUUGUACCUCCACUCGUGGAAAAGACAAAGAUUCUGAUAAGAGUGAAACAGAGAAAAGCGACAAAAGUGAGAAAGACGAGAAAAUCGAGAAAGUCGAAAAACCACUAGAGAAGCCCCGCGCUAGCGAUGAAGACGAUAGUGCGGACAAUCAGCCGCUAGUACCCGUUUGUACUACUCCAAAACCCGAGAAAGAGAAAGAAAAAGACAAAGAUAAGGACAAGGACAAAAGUUCGACAACGAGUGAAGAGAAAGCACCAGUGAAAUCGAGAUCUCUCUCCAAAACUAGAAGUCUGCCGCCAAUCAAGACCGAAACGAGCGAGAAGAGAAUGCCCAAGAGGCGGCCUUUGUCUUCUAAAUUAAAUGAAAGCAGUGGUGGAAGCAUUUCGCGAGCCUCACGUCGUCCACACGUUUCUACUGAUAGCGAUAGCUCCGGGAGAGCCUCCAGGUGUGGUCUAACAAAGAAAAUGCAAAGUCGUCGAAGCCAAAGCGCAAAUUCAGCAAGCAGCGGCAACACGAUAGCUUCCAACAGUAGCAAGAGGCCUCGAAAAAGAAAAACAACUGAGCCGUCUGCAAACGAACCAAUUAGAAGACUGGGGAGUUCAAACGUCAAAGCUCAAGUUGGAGAUAAACUCAAAGUUUACUAUGGCCCUACACAGUCAGAAUCAAAGGUAACGUACGAAGCUAAAGUAAUAGAGAUAUCGGCUGAAGGUAUGAUGCGUGUCCACUACACCGGCUGGAACACGCGUUACGACGAAUGGAUCAAGCCCCAACGUAUUGCUUUAAAUGUAACGCAACUUGAGACGCGCAACAAAAAGGGUGCAGGUAUGAGUCGACGGCCAAGAAGUAAAAGGCCUGAAGGCAAACAAGCCCCCUCAGAUAGUGAUUCGGAUUCUGAUACAGAUGUAGAUUUGAAAGGGCCACCCAAGAAGUUAGAUGGCAAAUCCAGUCCCAAAACUCCUAUUCAAAAAGAUGCAAAGUCAAGUGAUAGCAAUAGUUCAAAUAAACCUCGCAAGCGCCCUGUAAGGGCUGUCUCUACACCGAGUAGUACUUCUCCAGCAAAGAAACCGCGAAUCAAUGUUCCUCCUCACCAACACCAAGGGCGAGACUAUGAUCUCAACGAAAUUAGAUCUGAAUUGAAAGGGCUUCAUACUGUAAAACAAGAGCCCGAAGAUAAUAUAAAGACUGAAGUUAUAAUUGAUGAAAGUGCUGCGACCCAGCCCCCAUCAGUAGCUGCCGAAGUUUCGCAAACUGAAAAACAACCUGAAGACGUCUACGAGUUUAAAGAGCCUGAACCGUUCGAGCUAGAACUACACGAUGAAAAGAAAAAGAGAACUCAUCGAAUAUUUGAUGAUAUAUCACCCACUAAGUAUACUUCGACAUUAUCAAAAUCGCUUAGCGAAGAGAUAUCUGAAGACCCUAUGAAACCCAGGCCAUCAUUUAGUUCGCCUUCACGUUCUCCAUUUAGAGAUUUUGUAAAUGUCCGCGAUCCAGAAACACAGAGUCCCGAAGAAGACUCUAAAGAUGGCCUAUUCACUCUCGAUGAUGACUCUAUGCCUGGUGAGGGAAGCUCGGGGCCUAUCUUUGAAGGUUUCACUCCCGCUAAAAAUCAAGAGACAUAUUCAAAGAAAAAUAAAAUUACAAAAAUGCGUGAAUUAAUAGAUAAUUCUCCCGAUAGUCCGGCAGAUGAUGAACGUUCUUCUGACGAUGAACAAGAAGUAGUAAAGAGUGAAGAAAAAUCAGCGAGUGUAGAUAUUUCUUUAACAACAAUAGUUAAAAAGGAGGAGCCCGUAAAAGAAGAGCCUAAGGAACUAGAAAAAGAUAAAGAAACGAAAGAUGCCAUAACUCUGCUUAAAGAGUUGCCGCCUAUCGAAUCAAUUCCAAUGCCUCCAAAUACACCACCGCCGCAAAACAAGGUCGAAGUCGCUAGUUCUGCUCCCACGUCCGAUAUAGAAAUCGACGAACUUGAAAAUGUAACAGGCGAAAAUUCUAUAAUCGAAGAAAUCAACUUGUUGUCAAUACCGCUUCCUGCUUCGGAACCAAAAACACCGCCGAGGAUAAAGAUCGAGAAACUCGAUCCAAAUCCUGCUUUGGUUAAACUAGACGCUCCAUCUAGUCCUAUAGAUACAGAAGAAGAUAAAUCUGAACCCGAUAGCCCGGCUCGAAUAGACGUUUUACCAGAACCUCCUCCUGGUUUCUUAUUGCAAUCAGAGGGACCUAAGAUUGCUGAAAAAUUAUUAAAAGCUAUCAAUAGUGCUAAGCGACUGUCGAUGUCCCCACCACCGUCGGAGGAACGUCCUAAUACGCCCAAGAAAGACAGCCCCCCUGUCAAGUUGUUAGAGGAAAACGCAUCACCUGUACCACCAGAAAUAAAACCACCUACGCCUAAACCAGACCUCCUAAAGCCGUUGACAAAACUGGAAGUAAUAAAGAGACUAAGCCCUGCUGAAACGAAAGAAUCUAUUUUCGGAGAACCGUCUACCAUGACUGAUAUAAAACGGGAUAUGACCGAUGUGAAGAAAGUCAAGCCCAAGGAAGCUACGCCCCCGAGAUUGCAGAGUCCUUUGAACAUAUUGGAAAGGCGGAAAAGCGUGGCCGACUUGCCAUUAGGAGCACCCGGGAAGAAUAACAAAGUUCUUAGUGAUACUAUACAAAAGCUAUCAAGUCAAAUCAAUCAGUCGGUCACCGCGGCCACGGUACCCGUGCAACCUUAUCAGCCCGAGGACAGGAGCGAAUCCACAGAUUCCGAUGAUUCAGAUAGGAGAUUGAUAAUAGAUAAGUUAUCGGUAGAGGAGUGGGGUAGCGGCAGCGGAAGCGGUGCAAGCGGCCGGUUAGCCCGCGGCUUGCACGCUGGGAAAUCGCCCGGCGAGUGGAGCGCCGGAGAAACUCUACUUAUGUUAGAAGACGCUUGCAAGAACGAACGGAAACACAGUGCCAGUGUGGUAGUUGCUGGGGGUAGCCGGACAACUGUACCAGCACCGGGUGCUAUUGCCAACGUUGGAGAGGAAGACAGCAAUCUCUCAUUACUGCUUUGCGAGGAGACUAUCCCUGGUUCGCCCGCACCUGAUGCAGAACCCGCCCCACAGCGACAUUCACUACACUUGCCCUUCGCUUGUGCCCCACCUCAUCAUGCCCACUCCAAAGCUGAAGAGCGCCGAAAUUCAAACGAGGCACGCGAGGGGGCAGCGGACGCUCGUGUUGGCGAAGUAGGCGUGGCAAGAGCGGGAGAGGAUAGAGAAGAGGUGUGGCCUCGGCGUCACGCGUUGCUGGAUAACACUCCGCCCACCACACCAGACAGCAGUCUCGAUCUUUCGCCGCGCAGGGAGCGUCGAAUAUCGGAACGCGAUAGUCCAUCAGAGAGGAAGGAAGAUGAAGAUGACAGCAGGCAGCUACCGGAUCACGGUGCGCUUGAAAUUGACAAACCACUUGUAAGUGGGCGGGCCCGCCUUACGUCGGAGAGUUCAAGCGGACCCCGGGUGCGCGUGCGCCGCUCUCGCCGCGACACGGACGAUCACCACCAACCGCUUAAAUAUAAUUUCUACGUUGAUCUCGAUCCAACAUGGGACUGUCAAUCCCGCAUCAAGCUUCUCAUGACCCGAAUGUCAGAUCUACGCAAGGCGUACCACUCUGUGAAGGCCGAGCUUGCAGCUAUUGACCGGCGCCGGAAGAAAUUAAGGCGGAAAGAGAGAGAAGCGGUGAAAGCGGCGAAGGCCGCUUGUUCUUGA